AUGAGCUUGCGCGGUACCCUGACGGGUCAUCGCGGUUGGGUCACUCAAAUUGCAACCACUCCAUCACAGCCCGACCUUCUUCUGUCCUCUUCAAGAGACAAAACCUUGAUUGUUUGGGACCUCCGCCGACAAGAUGGGGAAUUCGGAAUAGCCCAACGAGCUCUUCAUGGCCACAAUCACUUCGUUAGUGAUAUUGUGAUGUCGUCCGAUGGCCAGUUCGCUCUCUCUGGUUCAUGGGACUCUACGCUCCGACUUUGGGACUUACAUACUGGACAGACUACUCGGAGGUUUUCCAGUCAUACAGGGGAUGUUCUGAGUGUGGCAUUCAGCGCUGAUAACCGACAGAUCGUCAGUGGUUCACGCGACAAAACCGCUAAACUUUGGAAUACACUGGGCCAUUGUAAAUAUACUUUUGAAGACGGUGGUCACACUGAUUGGGUGUCCUGUGUGCGUUUCUCACCGAACACAGAUAACCCCAUCGUUGUCACGUGUGGCUGGGAUAAACGCGUAAAGGUCUGGAGUUUGACCAACUGCAGUCUGCGGACAACUCACACAGGUCACACGGGUUACCUGAACACAGUCACCGUAUCACCUGACGGCUCCCUAUGUGGAAGUGGUGGGAAGGACGGACAAGCGAUGUUGUGGGAUUUGAAUGCUAACAAAUAUCUGUACACGUUGAACGCUGGUGGUGUGAUUAAUUCGCUGUGCUUCUCGCCGAAUCGCUACUGGCUCUGUGCUGCAGUAGGACCCAGCAUCAAGAUAUGGGAUUUGGAAAACAAGGUUCUGUCCGAGGAGCUAAAGCCUGAACUUGUGUCACCAACAUCCAGCGGUAAACCACUAAAUCCUGAUUGCACAUGUCUUGCGUGGUCGGCGGACGGACAAACCCUGUUUGCCGGGUACACAGACAAUGUCAUUCGCGUAUGGCAGUUGACACAUGCUGGGUACUAA